AUGGCGGAGCAAUACGAGCGCUUCAAGCGUUUCGAGUACCGUACGAACUCCAACCUCGUGCUGCAACGCGAUGGGCACGGCCCUAAGGCAAACGAGGCUACCGGGGAGCCGGAGUCGCUCGCGACGCGGCUCAAGUACAAAAUGGGGGACAAAGUUACGUAUUCGGUGCCUAAGAGAACCACAGACAACAAGCGCCUCCACACGGUGGACACAAGUCGAGGACCGGCCAAACACAGGCGCACUAGACUGGAUCUCAAAAAAGGAGAAUCGGUGCUCAACGUGGACAUUACAGACAGCGGCUACUACGUGCCAUCCUCCCUCGCCACUCGCAACAAGUACGAGGAGAUUCUCAACCUUCUGCAGGAGACGCUGGUGGACCAGCCGCAGGAGGUGCUCAAGGGAGCCUUCGACGAAGUUAUGACACAUCUUAGAGCUGCCGGUCUGAAAGCAGAGGAGCGGCGCAAACUUUGCGAGGAUGUGCUUGGACCGUUGAGUGACGACCUGUUCUACAGGCUGUACCACACCGCUAAGGAGCUGGUGGACUUUGGCACAGGGGACGCGCCGCGCGACUCCACAGGCGUGACAGAUGACCCCGCGGGCAUUGCGGUCGUCUUUGACGAGGACGAUGAGGAUGAUGAGUCGGACGUGCAUAGCGUAGAGGCGGAGGAAGACGAGGACGACGAACAUGAGGAAUCGCACAUACAGACCAUACGGAAGGACGGCGUUGAGUUCGCUGACACCGACAAGUAUCACCUGCCAAUCAGCAAGAUAGACCCACACUGGCUGCAGCGCGAACUGAAUCUCAUCUUCGGAGACCCGAACUUGGCCGUCGCGACAGAAAAGGAGAUCCUCGCGGUACUGGGAAUCCCGGACAUACAGGAGUGCGAAAAUAAGCUGGUUCUUAUAUUGAAGUACGAGAAUUUCGAGUUCGCGAAGCUCGUGCUCCGGAACCGGUGGAAGAUCAUGUACUGCACCAGGCUUGGGCAAGCGCAGACGGACGAAGAAAAGGAGGCGAUAUUUGACGAAAUGAAGCAGGUACAGGAGGGUAUUGAGGUGCUGCAGGAGCUUGAGGAAGUGCACCUGCGCCGCACCAAGGACCAGGAGCUCACCCUAAACGUGACCAGAGAGGCAGCUAACCUGGCGCGACAAAACGCCAAACGUGAGGGCAAUGAGUUGCAAGACGGUGACGAAGAAGAGCUCAUUCCGGAACCAACUGCGAUCCCAGAGGAUAUCGCACAAGCUGGACACCCGACUGUUGUUGACCUAGAGGCGCUAGCAUUUAAAGACGGAGCGCAGCACAUGACCAACACUCGCGUUGUGCUCCCACCGGAGUCGGAACGCGUUGAACACAAGUCGUACGACGAAGUUAUCAUCUAUCCGCUGGAACGUCCGAAGGAUUUACAGCGGAAAUCGAUAAAAACCCUGCCCGAAUGGACCCAUGCUGCAUUUCCAGGGGUCGAUUCGCUUAAUCCAGUGCAGUCUGUCAUUGCGGAGAUCGCAUUCGAGCACUUCGAGGAGAACAUGCUCGUAUGUGCCCCGACUGGGGCGGGUAAAACGAAUGUUGCCGUGCUUGCCAUGCUCAGCGUCAUGUCCCAGCAUAGGGAUGAAAAAGGCCAGUUGAACUUGAAUGACUUCAAGAUCGUUUACGUUUCGCCUAUGAAAUCGCUGGUCAUGGAACAGGCGCAGUCUUUCACUCAACGUUUUGCGCCUUACGGGCUCAACGUCCGCGAACUUACGGGUGACAUGAGCCUGACGCGAAACCAGCUGAUGGAGACCCAGCUACUGGUAGUCACACCCGAGAAAUGGGACGUAGUCACGCGCAGGAGCGGCAUGGAGAAUUCAGUGCAACUGAUAAUCAUCGACGAGAUCCACCUGCUGCAUGACAAGAGAGGACCCGUGCUCGAAUCGAUUGUAGCACGUGCCAUGCACAACGACAGGAAGAACAAGAUGAAGACGAGGCUGGUGGGACUAAGCGCAACGAUGCCCAACUACACGGAUAUCGCUGACUUCCUCAAAGUAAAUCCGGAUCGUGGUUUGUUCUACUUCGGCAACCAUUACAGGCCGGUUGGAUUAGAGCAGCGCUACAUCGGCAUCAAGGAGAAAAAGGCCGUAAAGCGUUACAAUUGCAUGAAUGAAAUCGUGUACGAACGGGUAAUGGAAGAUGCCGGUAAGAACCAGAUACUUGUCUUCGUCCACAGCAGGAAGGAGACGGCACGUACAGCCAAACUGAUUAGGGACAUGGCUUUCAAAACAGACGCGCUCAACAUAUUCCUACACAGUGACAGCGCGUCACGAGAAAUUUUGGCUACAGAAGCUGAAGCCAUCAAAACAGCUGAGCUGAGGGAGCUCCUUCCAUACGGGUUCGGCAUACACCACGCAGGGCUGCCGAGAUCCGACAGGAAGUUGGUUGAGGACCUGUUCUCGGACGGGCACAUACAGCUGCUCAUAAGUACAGCCACACUUAGUUGGGGUGUGAACCUUCCGGCACAUACCGUCAUCAUCAAGGGCACUCAGGUUUACUCUCCAGAGGAAGGAUGCUGGACAGAGCUCUGCCCAUUAUCGGUACAGCAAAUGAUGGGUCGCGCCGGGCGUCCGCAGUUUGACAAGGAAGGAAAGGGUAUAAUUAUUACCGCGCAUGAAAAACUGCAAUUCUACCUGUCGCUAAACAACCAACAGCUGCCGAUUGAAAGCCAGCUUGUGAGCAGCCUCCCGGAGUUGCUCAAUGCCGAAGUCGUUCUGGGUAACGUGACCACACGUAAGGACGCGGUAAUAUGGUUACGCGAUACGUAUUUCGCUGUAAGAAUGCGUAAGGAACCACGGUUAUAUGGAGUAAUCGAGGCUGAAGAUGAAGGUGAUGACGAGGAGGAAAGUGGGAAUUCGACGACUAUUGACGAACAACUGUUCGACAUUAGGUUGGAGUCAUUGGCUCAUUCCGCACUUAUUGAGCUUGACAAGUACGCGCUGAUACGUUAUGAACGCCGCAGCGGGGCCAUCAAGUCGACGCCGCUCGGACGUAUAGCAAGUCUGUACUACCUAAAGCCCCCAUCCGUUAAGACGUACGUCGACAAUAUGAAGGCCGACCUAUCCGAUUCCGAUAUAUUAAAAGUGUUCUCAGCGAGCGCCGAAUUCAAAUACAUUCCGGUCCGUGAUGAAGAGAAGGUCGAAUUGGCUGGACUCAUGGAAAAAGUACCCAUACCAGUCAGAGGACAGGGCCAGGAGGGAACCAGCAAGGUAGCCGUGCUGUUGCAGAGCUACAUAUCCAGGUUCGAUCUGGACGGAUAUGCGUUAGUAUCCGAGAUGACGUUCAUCACGCAGAAUGCCGGGAGAAUUAUUCGCGCACUGUAUGAAAUCGCACUCAACAAUGCGUGGAGCCAGCUUGCACAAAGGCUGUUCGACUUGGGGAAGAUGGUGGAGAGACGCAUGUGGUCGGUGAUGUUACCACUGCGUCAGUUCAAAUCACUUCCCGAGGAAUUAGUGCUCAAGCUGGAGAGAAACGAUUUCGGGUGGGACAGAUAUUACGACCUGAGCAGUGUGGAACUUGGGGAGUUGUGCAGGCAGCCUAAACUUGGCAAGACCAUCCAUAAGCUGAUCCACUUAGUGCCUAGAUUGGACCUUCAAGUAUUCGUACAACCACUAACCCGUGAGAUGCUACGUGUGGAAGUCAACAUCACGCCAGACUUCCAGUGGGACCCCAAAUUGCAUGGCAGCAACGAAAAAUUCUGGUUGUUCGUUGAGGAUGGAAGCGGCGAGAAAAUACUGCACAGCCAAACCUUCGUACUGCUGCCGUUCACUCCAGGUCAUGUGGAAGAUUACUCGGUAUUCUUCACUGUGGAACUAUCGCACCCGCUGUGCUCUCACUACUUUUUGAGGCUCACCUCCGAAAAGUGGAUAGGAAGCGAAUCAAAAAUAUCAAUCAGCUUUAGCCGACUGAUACUGCCCGAGAAGGCGCAGCCUUUCACUGAACUUUUCGACCAACAACCUAGGCCUAUCUCGGCGAUGAUAAACCUACCGGGGGAAGUGGUCGCACUCAACAAGGCGUUUUUCAGAAAGGCUUUCGGUGACAGCCAUUUUAACGCCAUACAAACUCGGGUGUUUGAUGCCAUGUACUCCCAGUCUGAUUCGUUGCUGCUAUGCGCACCAAGCCGGAGUGGAAAGUUCACAUGUGCUGAAAUCGCCAUUACGCGGUGCCUAUGCACGUGUGAAAAUGCGACUGUCGUUGUGGUGUCGCCUUUCAAGACGGUGGCCAAUCAGCGGCUGGAAAGGUUGAGGUACAAGUUUGGUGACAUAUGUCAGGUCAACUCGCUGGUCGGGGAUGUGAAAACCGAUCUCAUGGUGAUUGCGCAGUCGACCAUAGUGGUAUGUACGCCGAAACAAUGGGAUUUUGUAUCACGCAGAUGGAAGAGCAAACAGUGUCUGCAAUCUGUGGACCUCUUUGUGGUUGAAAAUUUGGAGCUUUUGGACGACCCUUCGGUCGGGCCUGAGCUUGAGGUUGCAGUGAGCCGUAUGAGGUUCAUCGCUGCCCAGCUUGAAUAUCCCACGCGAAUCAUCGGACUUGGAGGGCCAAUAUCGAAUGCUUUGGAUGUAGGUGGCUGGAUAGGAGCAACCGCGGCAUCCAUUUUCAACUUCAGACCAAAUUCUCACAGGGCUGUCCUGCCUAAGUUCACCAUCCAGUCGUUCGAUCAGUGGGACAGCGAAACGCGCCGCUUCUCCAUGUUCAACAACGCCUGCAACUUUGUCCUGUCGCACUUCAGGGAAAGCGAUGACGAUAGUUGCUCGGCGCUUAUGUUCACCGUGGAUCGCAGGUUCUGCAGGCUGCUUGCUAUGGAGGUUCUUCUCUCCAUUGAGUACCACGUAGGAGUUACCGGAGCUUCUCCUCUAUUGAAUGAGGCGAGCAAUGAAAUCCUUGCCAAGCUGAUGGCACGUGAGCGCGCACUGAGCAAACUUAUGGAGGGUGGAGUUGGAUACUGCCACGAUGGAUUCAGUGAGGCAGAAAUCAAAGUUAUGGAGGAUCUAUUCCGGCGCGGGCAGAUCAAGGUGCUCGUUGCAACCGCAUCAGCCAUUUGGUCGCUAACAGCGUGUGCGCCGUUGGUAGUGGUGGUGGAUAUUUCAGUGUCGGCAACUAACCGACCCAUAUCGCAAGGCAUAUACCCUCAGAGCGACCUCUUACGGAUGCUCAGCUGCGCCUAUGUGCCCGACGAGCUCAGCACAAUAAAGCCGCAUGCCGUUAUAUUAUACGAGACGUCGAAGCGCAGGUAUCUCUACAAGCUUCUGGAGGAAGCAUUCCCGGUGGAAAGCUGUCUAGAGGCGCGCAUUGAGGAGCUAGUUAAUGCGGAGAUAGUGCAGGGUGCUAUUGAAAACGCCCAGGAUGCCAUCGAUUGGCUCACGUGGACGCUGUACUAUAGGCGGCUCCCCAAGAACCCCAACUUCUACUCGCUGCAAGGCGCUACUGCUCAACACCUCAGCGAACACCUCAGUGAACUCGUGGAAUCAGCUAUAUCAGCCCUGGAAAAAUCGCAAUGCGCUUCGGUCGCGGAUGACACCGUCUCUCCCCUUAACCUUGGCUACAUCGCUGCUUUCUACUAUCUCCGUUGCAGGACCAUAGAGACGUUCGCUAGGUCAGUAACGCCUGAUUCAAACAGGGACUCCAUCUUGGAACUCCUUGCCACUGCGGAGGAGUUCGCCGAUAUCGUGGUCAGGACGGGCGAACGGAUAGGCAGCCAGAAGCUGGCCGAGGGCAAUACGCCGCAAAAGGUCAAAUCACUGCUCAUUGCUCACAUGGAUCGCACGCCUCUGACCAACGACCUCCAGAGUGACCAACGAACAGUGCUGGAAAAAAUGCCAUCCCUGCUAUGCGCGUUGGUCGACGUGCUCAGCAGUAAUGGGUGGCUAGCGCCGGCGUUGCUUGUGAUGCAACUCGGCCAACGGAUCGUUCAAGCGCUGAAUCCCGCGGACAGUCCACUCAAGCAGCUGCCUCACGCGAGCGCUGCCUGGAUCGGCGACGCGAACAAGGCAGGAGUUCACGAUCUGUUCGACCUCAUGGGAAUGGAGGAUGAUGAGAGGACGCAGCUGCUCAGUGGGUUCACCCAGCAGCAGGCGGCCGCUAUAGCAAUGGUCUGUAAUGCAGUACCCGUGCUUGACGUGCAAUGUGUUCUGAGCGAUGAAAAGGUCGCUCCUCAGCAACCGGUGAACGUCAACCUCAAUAUCGAGAGAGAGGGUGAUAUGGAGCCUGUACACGCUCCUUUCUUCCCUCUGGAGCGCUUCGAGCAGUGGUGGGUUGUCGUGGGAGAGGCCAAAACCAAGGGCCUACUCGGUAUAAAGCGUGUGAACCUCCCCAAGAGCAACAACACCGUCACUGUUGAGUUCGAGGCACCCGCAGUGUCUGGAAAGCACGAGAUAGUGGUGUACGUCGUCAGCGACUCGUACGUCGGCACCGAACAACAGCACACAUUGGUGCUCGAGGUCGUCGCAUGA